AGAUUUUCGAGCUCAGUUGAUGGGUGUUGAAGCUGCACUUGAAACAAAGAUGAAUACUCUUGCUGGAACAAUGUCAGCAAUGUAUAUGAAUGGUGAAUCGUCAAAUGCAAGAGGACCUCAAGGUAGUUUUCAGAAUUUCGAGCAAGGAGAAAGUUCUAAUUCACAAAGAUAUCAAGGAGGUUUUAAUGGUGGUUCUGGUUUUGCUGGGAAUGGAGGUAGAUCUUUUCAACAGAGAUCUGGUUUUAAUAAUAACAGAAGGUUUAAUGGAAAUAACAACAGCAGCAAUUCAAGAUCUUAUUCCAACUUUGGUAACAAAUCUUAUGGCUCUAAUGGUUUGACUGAUAACAACAAGGGAUCUCAGAAUUACUAUAGUGGUUCAAACAACUUUUCUGGUGAAAAUGGUUUCAAGCAAGGAAGUGGAUGGACUGGUAACACAAACUACAAGUCUGCUGUGUCUCCAGAGUGUCAAAUAUGUUCUAGAAGAGGGCAUACUGCACCAAAUUGUUACUACAGGACUGAUAAUGGUCAAGCUAAUCCUAGAGGGCCAAUCUUUUGUCAAAUCUGUGGCAAGAAAGGUCACACUGCACUCCAAUGCUAUCACAGGAACAACUACUCGUAUCAAGGACCUCCUCCACCUCAAACCUUGAAUCAAUCACCUAUGGGAAUGUCUGCUCAGACUUCAACUACAAUGCAAGAGGCUCAAAGUGUCCAUGGGUUUUCAAAUGCAGAUACAUGGGUGGUGGACACAGGUGCAACUCAUCACAUGACAGCCAAUCUUGAUCACAUCAAUCAUGUCACUCCUUAUAAUGGUGAAGCUAAAAUCACUAUAGGCAAUGGAGCAGGACAAGGCAACUCGGGUGAUUCUGUACCAAGGAAAGAGUGAUGAUGGAGAAUUAUUCAAGAUACCAGUCUCAGUUUUCAGAAGUUCCUUUGCUGCAAAAUUAGAGAAUUGUGCUGCAUUUCUUGGGAAGAAAGUAAGGAUUUCAGUGUGGCAUAGAAGGCUGGGACAUCCAUCUGAGGAAGUGUUGUCUACAAUGUUGAAGCAUGC